UAUCCUUAAAAACGAGAUAUUAUAUUAAACCAUAAUACCACGCCAUAGUAUAUAGGUUCAAUCUCGGCCGAAGAAACUACCAUCAUCAUCAUCAUGAUCAUGGACAUGGACAUGGACAUGGAGCUUCACAUCUUGCUUUUACUCCUGACACUUAUAGUGCUCAUCACCCGCUUCAUUCUGAACCGCCACGCUAGGAAAAACCAACCCCCCGGUCCAACCGGCCUCCCCAUAAUCGGAAACCUCCACCAACUGGGCCCCAAACCCCACUGCACGCUCUCCUCGCUGGCCCAAACCCACGGCCCAAUCAUGUCUCUGCGUCUGGGCUCCGUCACCACGGUGGUGGCCUCCUCCCCGGGGACGGCCCAAGAGAUCCUCCAAAAGAACGACCAAGCCUUCGCGAGGCGGCUCAUCCCGGAAUCCGUGGCGGCCCAGCCCAACGUGGGCGACACCCUGGCGUGGGCCCCCGCGGACCCAAGGUGGCGGCACCGGCGGCGCGUCUGCACCACAGAGAUCUUCACGGCCCAACGGCUGGACCUGCUGCAGCACCUGCGGCAGCGCAAAGUGCAGGAAAUGGUGGAGCACCUCCGGAAGCAAGCUUUGAGCGGAAACGUGGUUGACAUAGGUGAAGUGGCGUUCGCGACGAUGCUGAAUCUUGUUUCGAACACGGUGUUCUCGGAGGACUUGGUGGACCCGGAGUUCGAGAGUGCCGGCGAGUUCAAGGAGGUUGUGAGGAGGAUCAUGGAGGACGCCGGCAGGGUUAACAUCUCCGACUACUUUCCGUUGCUCAAGAGGUUUGACUUGCAGGGCGUGAAGCGACACGUGGCGGUUUCUUACGCCAGGUUGCAUCACAUUUUCGACCUCAUCAUAAGGAAACGUGUCGGGGAAAGGGAGAGAGAGCCUUCCGGUCCCGCAAAGGGGGAUUUCUUGGAUGUCUUGCUUGAUCAUUGUCACCAAGGGGACCCCUCCCAUUUCACCCUCCAAACCAUCAAGCCUUUGAUUCUCGAUUUGUUCAUUGCGGGAAGUGACACUUCGGGAUCAACAUCAGAAUGGGCAAUGGCAGAGCUUCUACGCAACCCAAAAGUGAUGCAGAAGGCAAGAGAGGAGCUGAUCCAAGUGAUAGGGAGCUCCAAGGAAGUAAAAGAAUCGGACAUUCCAAGGCUUCCAUACAUCCAAGCAAUUGUAAAAGAAACCCUUCGCCUCCAUCCAUCGGCUCCCCUUCUCUUGCCCUACGUUGCAGGAGAAGAUGUUGAAGUGAGUGGCUACACCAUUCACAAAGGGAACCAAGUCCUCAUCAAUGCAUGGUCUAUUGGGAGGAACCCCCAGUUUUGGGAGGAUCCCUUGUUGUUUGAGCCUGAAAGGUUUCUUAGGUCAAACGUGGAUUUCAAGGGCAGGGAUUUCGAGUAUUUACCUUUUGGUGCAGGUAGGAGAAUUUGCCCUGGCUUGCCACUUGCUAAUAGGAUGAUUACUUUGAUGUUGGCUGCGUUACUGCACUCUUUUCAGUGGAAGCUUCCUCCGGGUGUCACUCCUCAAACGCUUGACAUGACUGAGCAGUAUGGAAUCACGUUGAAGAAACUCACUCCUCUUUCUGCUAUUCCAAUUUCACUGUGAAUUACAUGCAAAUGUAUUGAAACCAAGUCCAUGGAAUUUAAACCAAGACGUUUUAUGCUUAAUAUUACUGUUACUGUUACUUAAUCAAUAGUCGUUUGAGUUAGAAUCUUAGAUACAAUGCUAUGUUAGAUACUAUGAUGAGAGAGAACUUUACUGUUUCUCGUGGUUGUACUCAACUUGAACAAAAAUGUAUUUGAUAGAGAAUAUGUAUGCAUGUGGCCGUAUAGAAAAAAAAAAAAAA